AUGCACCGACGCAACUCGGGGAAGAUGUCAAGUUUGAGGGAAGUUAUGAAUAAACUGUACAGCUCCGAGGCCAUGGAGUGGAACGCAAACGAGAAAGACUUCGUCGUGGCUGGGAUGAUUAUGAACAAGGGCUCAGCUGCUUUAAUGAUGACACAGACCCAAACACUUUGGAGAGAUACACGCGCCUCAGAUUGCUCUGCACAAGACCAUGUUGCUGUCUCUGGCUCAGCUGGGGGGAGAGCAGUGCUGCCCUGUUCUUACACCCCCACCCGUGGGCAGGAUGUAGCAGUCACAUGGUAUGCAUAUCCAGAUAAGAGUUCAGUUCUAUUAAUCUACUCAGAGCCCCCCUCAGCACCCAUCCCUGCGCAGUGGAGCGGCCGAGUGAAACUGUCUGAUGAAGUCUCCUCUGGAAACGCCUCUCUGCUAAUCUCUGAGCUCACACUGGAGGACACUCGGGAUUACACGUGUACAGUGAGGAUCAAUGGGAAAUAUGUCACUUACAGGAAUGUUAAACUGACAGUUCAAGAACCUCCAAAGAGAGAUUCAACUACUUCAGGAACAACAACGACCACAACCCCGACAACUAGACCAUCAGCAACCCCGACAACUAGACCAUCAGCAACCCCGACAACUAGACCAUCAACAACCCUGACAACUAGACCAUCAGCAACUCCGACAACUAGACCAUCAGCAACCCCGACAACUAGACCAUCAACAACCUCGACAACUAGACCAUCAGCAACUCCCGCUAUCCUCUCUGCAGUAGCCGUCUCUGCUGUCAUCGGCAUCAUAGGUGCUGCAGUCUUUGCCAUUUUAAAGUACAAAAGGAGAGCAGCGAAUGCUAAUGGAAAUAACCAGAAUGCUGGAGAUCAGAAUGCGAGCUCAGACUUGGUUUCCUACACUGUAAUCGAUCACACAAGACAGCCGGGAGGAGCCCCAGUCCGGUCAGGGGUCAGUGCUGUGGACAAUACGGAGUACGCCACUGUCCAGAUCCACUGAUAGGACACUUCUCACCCAGCCACCAGGGAUACAAGAGAGCUUCAAAAACAAGAUGAACCAAGGACUUGACUAACAUUGAUUUACUGCAGCGCUUCAAUGAAUCAUACCAACUCUGAUGAGAACAAUAAACACAGCUAGCCACUAACAAGCAACUACCUGACAUUCUUAAUUCAAUCUUAACCGUUUCACUGCCACUGCUAAUAGUCCACACCAGUCCCAAGCUGAGCUCCUGCAGGUAGUGUGAUCCCAGCCUCAAAGAGAAGCCAGUCCUCCUCAUUGCAGUGUUCAUCCACAUUGUUAACGAGAGCCUUUACAGCAGGAGAUCGCUCACCAGCAGAGAUGCGUCAUGAAAGAGGCCCCAAGGGGCUCUUGCUUCAUGACUGCAAGCCCUUGAAUGUAUGCGCGUGUAGG